AUGCGCAACAGGGCAGGUGGGAGCCUAUGGAAGGAGCAGGACUUUUGCAAAGUGGAACAAACGCACUCCGGGAAUCGUAGUUCAGAACCGCCGCGCAGGCGCAGUGGCUGCCGCGGGCUUGCGCGCGCAGCCGCUGCGGGACGAGCUUCUGGAAGCUCAUUGCGGUGGCGUUGGAGCUGGCUGCGGAUGCUGGUGCAGUUUCUGCAAGACUUGCAAGCUGUAGUCACCCUGAACAAGAUGACAGCCAUCUCCCCAGGUCCUGUGACGGUGGCCUCAAGUGAACACAACAAAGUCCCAGGAGCAGAAACUCCUGAGGACCAAAAAGCUAUCUCAAAAGGAAACACUGCUGACCCAGAGUCUUUCAGACAGAAGUUCAGGUGGUUUUGUUACUCAGAAGAGGCUGGACCCAGGAAAUCCCUGAAUCAACUCUGGGAGCUCUGCCUUCAGUGGCUGAGACCUGACAUUCACACAAAAGAACAGAUUUUAGAGCUCUUAGUAUUUGAGCAGUUUCUGGCCAUUUUGCCUGGGGAGAUCAGGAUUUGGGUAAAGUCACAACAUCCUGAGAAUAGUGAGGAGAUGGUGGCCCUGAUAGAAGAUUUGACCCAAACACUUGAAGAGAAGGAUGAUCCAGUUGCUCAAGAUUCUUCUCUUUGCCAAGAGGAAAAUUCAGAAGAAGAUAAAAUGGUUGCAGUUCUUUCAAAUACUGAAUCAUGUGAAACCAUAACAUUCAAGGAUGUGACUGUGAAUUUUUCCAGAGGAGAAUGGAAGAAGCUGGAGCCCUCUCAGAAGGAGCUAUAUAAGGACGUGCUACUGGAGAACUUAAGGAACCUAGAAUUUCUGGGCUCUUCAGUUUCCCAGUUAGAUGUGAUUUCCCAGCUAAAUUGGAUUGAAUUGCCAAGGGUGCUGGCCAAAGAAAUCUCAAAAGACUCCAGACCUGGUGAGUUGGUGAAAGAGGAAAUAAUAGAAAGAUGCUUCAAGGAUGAUGGUUGUGGCUUGACUGCAGAAUUAAGGAAGCGUUAUGGCAGAUCUGAUGAGGGUCAUGGCAAACGACAUUCAAAAGGAACACAUAAGAAAGCUCAUCAGCGAGGCAGUAAAGGUGAAGACUUUGACUCAGAAAGGAGCCCUGGUGCAAAGCACUUUAAACGAACUUCUGACUUGAUGAAACAUGUGAGAGCCUACUUAAGGAAGAAGUCGCGGAGGUAUAAUGAAUCCAAGAAACCCUUCAGUUUUCAUUCCGAUCUUGUUCUGAACCGUAAAGAACAUUCUUCAGAGAAGUCACAGAAAGGCGGAGAAGGUGGGAAGAGCCUAAGUCAUUCUUCAUCUCUUAGUGAACAUCACAAACGUCAGAAAAUACAUUUGGGAGAUAAGGCCAAGUGCAGUAAAUGUGGGGUGUCCUUUGCCAAAAGCUUAUCCCGUACUGAGAGAGAAAAGAUGAUGUGUGAAAAAUGUCAGAAGAAGUUACAACAAGAUACAACCUUAAAUAAAGAUGAGGGACCUGAGACCGGAAAAAAAACUCAUAAAUGUAGUAAAUGUGGGAAAACCUUUAGCUGUAAUGCCUCACUCACCAAACAUAGAAAGCACACUGGAGAGAAAUCCUUUAUGUGUAGUGAAUGUGAAGAAGUUUUCGGUGAUAGUUCAUCGCUCAAACGACGACGUCGCAAUAGAGAAAAGCCCUUCAAGUGUGAUGAUUGUGGAAAAAGUUUCAGCCUGAGCACUCACCUCAUUAAACAUCAGCGAAUUCAUACUGGAGAAAAACCCUUCAUAUGUAAAGACUGUGGGAGACCCUUUAGUGAAAGUUCUUCUCUUGCUCAACAUCAGCGAACUCAUACUGGAGAAAAACCCUAUAAAUGUAACGAUUGUGGGAAGUCCUUCAGUCAUAGCUCUUCCCUUUCCAAACAUCAGAGAAUUCACACUGGAGAGAAACCCUAUACAUGUGAAGACUGUGGAAAAUCCUUUAGACAGAAUUCUUGCCUUACUCGACAUCAGAGAAUUCACACUGGAGAGAAGCCGUAUUUGUGUAAGGAUUGUGGAAUGACUUUUAGCCAUUUUACAUCUGUCAUUUAUCAUCAAAGACUUCAUUCAGGAGAAAAACCCUACAAAUGUACUGAGUGUGAGAAAGCCUUUCCUACUCAUUCCCUCCUCAGUCGUCAUCUGAGAAUUCAUACUGGUGUGAAACCUUACAAAUGUAGCGAAUGCGAGAAAACCUUCAGUCAGAGUUCAUCUCUUAAUGAACAUUACAGAGUUCACACUGGAGAGAAACCCUACGAAUGUGACUUUUGUGGAGCAACCUUUAGUCGGAGUUCAGUCCUCGUAGAGCACGUAAAAAUUCAUACUGGCAAUAGAGAAUAUGAAUGCAACAAAUGUGAUAAAAUAUUUAAAAGUAAUUCAAGUCUUAUCAGACAUCGGUUAUUUCACUCUGCAGAGUAA